AUGCGCACGAGGCUUUCUUCUGCAGGAGAAUCGGCACUCAAGAAGCUACCUGGCGCUGAUGUACUCUCCAGCGAAGAUCCUGGUCUCGUCGACAUGCUAUUCGAAAUAUACUUAGAUCCGUUAUCGGAGGCCCCUAUGCGAACAGUAGUACUCGGAAAGGCUUUGCUCAAGACGCCGCUUGCCGCGCAAUGCUUUCCAGAAGUCUUAGACGUGUCGAAGGCGGCGUUGUUGACCUCCGGUGUCCCUCCAAGGCUUCAUGGCCUUGGAAUGCAGUGGGUAAGCUUUUUGCUUGCACACUCAGCGGACUCAGGGCUGAGGGAAAACGCCCGGCCUUUUGUGGAGGUUAUGAUGAAGCUUGUACACAAUGCAACUGGCGAGAGUCCAAGUUUUCCGGACAAGCUGAGAGCAUUCGGAUUCACUGGCCUAGCAGAAAUGGUUAUUCGCGUCCCGGAACUUAUGGGAGAACAUGGCGUAACUGCACAGCUGUUUUUUGAGGCAGCGCAGGACAAGUCUCUACCAGCAGAGGUGCGAACUACUGCGUCACAUGCCCUCGUAGCACUUACUAGGGUUGUACGGUUUCGGCUUGGAGAUGUUUCUGAGAAGCGAGAUUCGGCACUACAGACGGUGUUCAGUACCAUCAGGAAUUCCGAUGAUAUUGCGAGCUCCGCAAGGGCUGCAGCUGUUCAGUGGGCGAAUGAGUGUUUCAGCUUUGCUGACUGCGAUGCCCGACUGGUCAACAUAAUUGCUUGCGCCGAUGUCCGGCAGGACGUGCGACAGCAUGCCAGCUACGGCCUAUCUCCUAAACGGUGGCGAGUGAAAACGGAAUUUGGUGGCGAUGAUGGCAGCCCCGUGGAGAGUACAGAGCGUCCUCUCUUGAUGCAGAUUGUGCAAUGCUACGACAGCUAUAGUGGUCCAAAGAUGGGCCCAAAGAGUAUCGGCGCCUAUUUAUGUUUUGGGCUGACUUCAUUGAUUCAUUCCAUUUUGAAUGGAAAGUCCAAAGCCCUCCUGCAGGCUGGUGUCAUAGAAGCAUUUCUUGAGAAGAAUCCUGAAAAUCUCAAAGCUCUUACUAUGCUAAAAGAUACAGCCCAAGAAGCUCUUUUGGCAUCGCUUCAAUCAAAGGUAGCUGGGCUCGAACGGGCUACACUAGUUGUCAUUCUGUUUGCUUCAAAGAUAAAUUCUUUGAGGCCAUACGUGUCGCGGACCUAUGCUGGCCUGAUUUUGGAAAUACUCUCUCUCUUGCAGAAAAAGUCUGCAGCCGGAGACAUGCAAGUUGCACGGGCUUUGUCAAUCCUCAUCGGAAUUGCGUCAGAGAGCAUGGACGAACAGGAUCUUUUUGCCAUGAUAAUGAAAAUAGGAAGUGGACUUGAGCCUAAGGAGUCUGGCGCGGCAUCUGGCAGAUUCGGUGAAGAUGAAAGAGUUGCGAAAACACUUGCCCUUGGCCAAAUAAUUGCACGUACGUCGCGUCGCGAUGGCUUUUCAUUCCAUGCAGAGACAGCUGAUAAAGUGAGCGCCAUAUGCCUGCAUGUCACGAGGCGUUUGACACUGGCUGUCGAAUCUUCAAACGCAGUACGAACGGCUGCUUGUGUAGCUGUUGGAGAUAUCGGCAUCCACGGAGCGCUUCCCAUCCCUCAAACCCCCAGAGAGGUAACUAUUAGUUCUUUGGCUGGAAUCCUCAAAUCACACAACUCUGACGCUCGUCUCGUAGAGACUGCUGCAGAUUCCAUUGGAAAGAUAUGCGUCGGGGAACCACGCCGGUCCUUCAAGAGAAUUGCCGUCGAAGCCUUGUUGACUGUGUGCAAGGAUCGAAAGGAAGAUGAAAUCCGGUUCACUGCUGGGGAGAGUUUGGUUCGAUGUGCGUCUGGAUGUGAUGCACCAAGUCCUGUGUUGGAUGGCGCUGAUGAGCCCAAUGCGAUUCCAUCGUCCCAAAGCUCGGUCAUGGGGGACUUGACAUUGAUUAUGAAUGUAAAGACCGACUUAACAUUGAUCAGAAAUGUCAACUGUGAUGACGAGGGCGAGAAGUGGAAACCCUCUAAUAUUGAGGAGGUAACGAGGGCGCUCAUCGAAUUGUCACAGGAUGAAAGACCAGGUGCCAGGGCAGGAGGUUGUGUCUGUCUGUUUACACUUCUGAGGUUGCUUGGGCCAAAGACAAAGGGCAGGGCUUCCCCCGAGCUCCAGUUUGGUUCAGCGGAUGACGAAACUAGGUUCCAGGACAAGCAAAAAAUAUUGUCUGGUCUGCUACCUGAAAUCCAACAAGCGUUUACAGUUUUGCUUGGAGAUCGCGAUGAUUUUGUGCAGCAGAUGGCCUCUUGUGGCGUUGCGCUUGUCUACGAAAUGUGCCCGCUCAAUCAGCAACAGGACUUGGUUUCUACUUUAGUCCGCUCUUUGACGUCUGGGAAAGCACGAGCAGCAUCGACUGUGCCUGGGGAUCAAGGAGCGAUUUUGGAACUUGGGGGAUUGAACACUUCAGAGAAAACUGUGGGAAGGUCAGCUACGUACAAGGAGCUGUGCACCAUUGCUCAAGACAUGGGGCAGCCAGAGCUUGUUUAUAAGUUUAUGGACUUGGCAGGGCACGCAGCUCUUUGGAACAACAGAAGGGGAGCAGCCCUCGCAGGUGGUGCCUUGCUGGACAGUGGAGCAGCUGCUGAACAGCUCCGUCCACAUGUCAAAACUCUCCUUCCGAAACUAUACGUGUACUGUUAUGAUCCGACAGAGCAAGUCCGCAUUGCCAUGGGGUCUGUUCUUAAGGCGGUCGUCAAGGCCUCGGAUUUAGGAACUAUUGCUGAAGCGAUAUCUGCACAUUUCAACAUCGUGAUCCGCUACUGCUUGAAUACAAUGACGGUUCGUCAAUGGCGAAGCAGAGAAGCCGCGUGUAGUGCCCUUAGAGAUGCACUUGUGUCCAGAACAUGGCUACAGAUGAAGGACAUGCUUGCAGAAAUAUGGGUUAUCACGUUGCGUGCACUAGACGACAUCAAAGAGAGUGUGCGGAAAGCUGCGGGAGGGACAGGCCGUUCAUUGUCGGAGCUUUCAGUCCAUUUGUGCAACCCCGCACAGGUAGGCGAGGAAAUUGCAGCAGAAGCUAUGAAAGUUGUCAUCCCGGGUAUUCUCGCUGCCUUCACGCAUCAAGUGGACGAAGUGCGAUUAGUGGCAACAAAAACCUUAACAGAAGUGAUUAGGCACGGAGGAAGCUCUUUGACAUCAUCGGUACCGAAUCUAGUUGAGGCGCUACUGGAAGCUGCCACCGAGCUGGAACCAGGGAUACUGAAUUACGCCCAAUUUCACGUGGACGAAAAAGAAGAACUGCAGAAAGCCAGAGUGGAAUUUGCGUCAAGCUCUACAUCAUCGAUAAUGGAUUCUUUAGAUCGACUUGCAGGAUUUGUUGACGAGUCCAUAGUCGCAAAGCUAAUACCAAAGCUGAUCCGCCUAUCCAGAAUAGGCGUCGGUAUUCCGACGCGCGCGACAACAGCAAAGUUCUUUUCAACAAUACUGCGGUCUCGCGCGAUUGUAGUAGAGCCGUACGCGGCAAGGCUCAUGAACGCAUCUUCUGCAGCAGCAGGCAUGGAACGGGAUAUGAAUUUGAGGGAGCUAUGGUGUUCUGCUGUCGGAGGUGCAGCCAAGCUGUCAAAUACUGAAGAAGUAGGACAGCUUGUUGAGAGAAUUGUUUACUACGCAGGAUCCGAAGAUGCUCGAGAUCGAUCACUGGCAUCGUCUCUGGCGGUGGGUCUCUGGAGAAAGUCUCCUGACACCGCCCGUCAGCACGCUAGUCUUAUGCUUCCUAUCGCCUAUAUGGGUCGUUACGAAACCGAUGACGAUGCGAAAGGAGCUGGAGCAAACUGGAAAGAAGUUUGGAGCGAGGGUGCGCCCAGCACGGAGGCAGGGCUUCGGCUAUAUGCAGAAGAAAUCACGGACAUCUGUGUUGGACGACUCGCGAAGUCAUCACAAUAUCGCGUGAAGCGAAGUGCGGCUGCGGCUUUGGGUGCACUCGCGGAUGCAUCCAAUGAGACUGUGGACGUAAAAUAUCUUGCUAAGUCGGCAAAAGCCCUGAUGGCAGCCUUGCCAGGCCACAUUUGGGAGGGAAAGAUUGUUGCACUGGAAGCAGUUGGAACGAUUGCCAAAGCUUACUCAAAUUUAGACGUGUGGCAGACUUCGGGUGGUGCGGACGCUGUCGUACGAACUCUACUGCAAGAAUGCAAGCGUGGGAGAAAAGACUAUCGAUUGGCUGCGAUCGAAUCAGCGACGAAGUUACUCGAGAAAUGCCGUGAUGACUUGGAUAUGUUCGGGGAAGUAAAUUCCCAUGUCUCAGAAUUGUGGGCGCCGGAGACGACGAUGGAAAAUGAGUCUGUGGUGGGUGCUCAUGCUAUUUGGGAGACGGGAUCUGAUGCGGAUAUUGUGGAUGCCCGGAACAAGGCACGGAAAGCGCGAAGAGGCCUGUGUGUAGCGGCAAUUGGAUGCCAGGAGGCCGCACUAGCAAGUGGAAAGAGAGCGGAUAGACAGGUUGAACAUAUUGAGAGCUUAAUGGCAAUGUUUGAGAGUGUUGAGACAGGGCAUUGGGAGGUGCGGUUAGGGGUGCUCGAGGCUGUGCAGCGGGUGGUGAAGCGUUUGGACGAGGGAGUGCUGUUUGGGCAUUCUGGACACAAUGGGAGCACGCGGUUGACAGUGAGGAUCGCUAAACUCGCUGAGUUCGGCGUGAUCGAUGUCAAGUAUGCAAAGAUCCGAGUGAGUGGGUUUUCAGUUUUGACGGUUCUUGGGGAGAGUCUCAAGGAUAAGGGCCAAGUGAUUAACUUCCUGUCUGAUGAAGUGCAAAGCCAAGCAAUGCAGGCUGCAAGGAAAACUGAUACGGAUCCUGCAGUACAAAAGAGUGCCAGGAAAGUCUGCGCGAUUUUCCAUCUCCAGGAAUGAGAUUGCACUGCAAUGAGCAAUUUAGUUGCGUGUUGACACGUGUUCGCCGCAGUAAGAGCACCCCUACUGGUUUAGUUAUAUUUCGAGGUUAAAUAUGAGAAAUUUAGCGUUU